AUGGACCAACAGCAACCCCUACGCUGGGGCAACCGGGCAGUGACCUCGACCCUCCAAUUUCUAGCCAAAACUACCUGUCUACACCCGAUCCAUACCGUUUGCACCAUAGCUAUCUUAGCUAGUACCGCAUACGUUGGACUACUCAAAGACAGCUUUUUCCAUGGCCCCGGAAAUGUUGGCAAAGCAGAAUGGGGCUCUUUGGUCGCAGGAAGCCGGAGCUUGAUCACCGGCCCACUGAAUGGCUGGAAGUGGCAGAGCUUCGACACGGAUACAGAGGUUCUCGAGGAUCUCAACCACCAAGCACUAAUAACCUUGGUAUUCCCGGGAUCGUAUGCGGAGGCAUCCCAAACCGCCACAGCGUCCUUUGCUCCUCUCCCUGUAAACCUAUCUGUGAUUCACCUUCCCUCAACGUCGAACCCUUUGACCGCCUAUUCGAAAGAUAAGACUUUCGCCUUGUCUGUUCAAUACAACAACGCGCCCGAACUGGUGGCUGCUGUGCAGCAGAUCCCCAACAAUAGUCCCGACCGAAAAUCGCUCGAGACGGAAGUCGUCGAGAUGGAGCGCCAGAUGUGGAUCAUGAAGGCUGCCAGGGCUCACACAAAAGGCAGCCUUACUCAAUGGGCCCACGAUAUCUGGACAGAGUCUCUUGAUCUUGUCAAGAGCGCUCAAACGCUCGAUGUUAUUGUCAUGGUGCUAGGCUACAUAUCGAUGCACUUGACUUUCCUCUCACUUUUCCUGAGCUUGAAGAAGUUGGGAUCGAAAGUUUGGCUUGCUACGAGCGUCCUUUUGUCAUCGACCUUUGCCUUCUUGCUGGCCCUCGAAGUGACCAUAAGACUCGGGGUUCCGAUGAGCAUGAGGUUGCUAUCCGAAGGCCUUCCCUUCCUGGUUGUGAUCGUUGGCUUUGAGAAGAGCAUUACUCUGACCAGAGCUGUUUUAUCUCAUGCCAUAGAGCACCGAAAGCCCUAUAAGACUCAGGCUCACCAGGGUAGCGCGGCCGCUAUCACCGAAAGUACCAUUCAGUAUGCCGUACGGAGCGCCAUUCGGGAGAAGGGUUACGAUAUCGUGUACCACUACGUGGUCGAGAUCUUGCUCCUAGUUGUCGGUGCUGCCUCGGGCGUGCAGGGUGGGCUACAGGACUUCUGUGUCCUAGCUGCAUUAAUCCUCUUCUUCGACUGCCUGCUACUAUUUACCUUCUACACCGCUAUUCUUUCUAUCAAGCUGGAGGUCAACCGUAUCAAACGUCAUACCAACACGCGGCACGCGUUAGAAGACGAGGGUCUCAGUCGACGGACAGCCGAGAGUGUAGCCAAGAGCAAUGAUCUCCAGGACAGUGCGAGUGUAUACUUGUUUAGCAAGGACAUGAAGGGCAGCAGUAUUCCAAAGUUCAAGUUCUGGAUGGUUAUGGGUUUCUUUGCCAUCAACCUUGUCAACAUCUGCUCCAUCCCUUUCCAAGCCUCUUCUAGUGCAUCGUUGUCUAGUAUAUCAUCUUGGACUGAAAACCUGAGCGGAGCGGUCAUGACACCCCCGCUUGAGCCCUUUAAGGUAGCUGGAAAUGGGCUGGAUGAACUACUUUUCCAGGUAAGGGGGCGCGGUCAAUCGACUGUGGUCACUAUCCUCCCUCCUAUCAAGUACGAACUGGAGUAUCCUUCAGUUCGUCGUGCCGCCUCACACUCCGUGAAGACUAGCGCUAGUCAGUACGCGUCGACAGGUUCCCCAUCGCAGCUACACGAGUAUGGAGUUGGUAGAAAAAUGGUCGGUGGCCUGCUUACCAGCCUCGAAGAUCCCGUCCUCUCCAAAUGGGUAUUUGUGGCACUUGCCCUAAGUGUGGCUCUAAACAGCUAUCUGUUCAAGGCUACCAGGCUGGGAAUCAAAGACCCCAAUCUUCCGAGUUACCCGGUCGAUUCAGUGGAACUUGCUCAGGCUGAAAGGUUCAACGCUGCCCAGAACCUGACCCCUCAGCUUCAUUUAAGUCACCAGAUUUCUCAAACAGAACACUUGACUCCUAUCACUACCGACCAUAACGGCGAGGCCUUAUUAGCGUCGGUAAAAGCACCUCCAAUUGUCACUAAGCGAGUACAAGAACCAGCAGCCACUAGGGAACUUCCAGUGUCUCGCACACAAGUCGAACUAGACAAUUUGCUAAAAGAAACGACGAUCAGCGAGUUGAACGAUGAGGAUGUCGUUGCCUUAUCUUUACGGGGCAAGAUUCCCGGGUAUGCACUAGAGAAAAGCCUAAAAGACUGCACUCGAGCCGUGAAGGUUCGCCGCUCUAUCAUUUCGAGGACACCGGCUACCGCAGAGCUUACAAAGAUGCUAGAAGACUCAAAGCUGCCGUACGAAAACUACGCCUGGGAACGUGUUCUCGGUGCGUGUUGCGAGAACGUCAUUGGUUAUAUGCCGGUCCCUGUUGGCGUCGCUGGUCCUAUAGUCAUCGACGGCAAGAGUUAUUUCAUCCCUAUGGCAACAACUGAGGGCGUUCUGGUCGCCAGCCCCAGCCGUGGCAGCAAGGCAAUCAACCUGGGUGGCGGUGCCGUGACAGUCCUAACCGGUGACGGUAUGACACGAGGCCCGUGUGUGCGCUUCGAGGUCCUUGAAAGGGCUGGUGCUGCAAAAAUCUGGCUUGACUCGGACGUCGGUCAGACCGUGAUGAAAGAAGCCUUUAACUCGACGAGCAGAUUUGCGCGCUUGAAGAGCAUGCGGACCACUAUUGCUGGUACCAACUUGUAUAUUCGAUUCAAGACCACCACUGGCGACGCCAUGGGAAUGAACAUGAUUUCUAAGGGUGUGGAGCAUGCCCUGAAUGUAAUGGCGACUGAGGCAGGGUUCAGCGAUAUGAACAUCGUUACGCUGUCAGGAAAUUACUGUACGGACAAGAAACCUUCUGCUUUGAAUUGGAUCGACGGACGGGGCAAAGGCAUUGUGGCCGAAGCCAUUAUCCCGGCGAACGUUGUUAGGGAUGUUUUGAAAAGCGACGUGGAUAGCAUGGUUCAGCUCAACGUGUCGAAAAACCUAAUUGGGUCAGCCAUGGCUGGCUCAAUCGGCGGCUUCAACGCCCAAGCUGCAAAUCUCACCGCAGCCAUUUUUAUUGCUACAGGGCAGGAUCCGGCGCAGGUCGUAGAGAGUGCUAACUGCAUAACCCUCAUGAAUAAUCUCCGUGGAUCGCUUCAAAUUUCCGUCUCCAUGCCGUCUAUUGAAGUUGGUACCUUGGGUGGUGGUACCAUCCUGGAGCCCCAAGGAGCAAUGCUCGACAUGCUUGGUGUCCGUGGAUCACACCCGACCACGCCCGGUGAGAAUGCACGUCGACUUGCGCGCAUCAUCGGAGGCGCUGUUCUCGCUGGAGAGCUUUCCCUAUGUGCUGCCCUGGCUGCGGGCCACCUUGUGAAGGCGCACAUGGCGCACAAUCGUUCUGCCCCGGCAUCUGCAGCCCCUUCCCGGAGUGCGUCACCGUCCGGCGGAACCAGGACAGCGCCUGGUCCUAACAAUGGACUAAGGCCGAGCGCUGCAGCCACCGAGCGGGCCAGACGCUGA